AUGGCGGAGCUCGGCCACAAUUUCGACGGCCAGACCAUCGAGUGGCUCCUCUGCCAGGCUGAGCCCUCAAUCAUCGCCGCCACCGGAACCGGAACCACUCCCGCCAGCUUCUCCUCCGUUUCCGUCUCCGUACUCGGCGGUGCUGGCUCUCUCUCUUCUCCUUCCUCAACCUCUGCAAUGUCUUCGCUCGACCACAAGCCCUUGCUCGCUCCCACUCCCUUCAUACUCGGCAAGCGCAUACGCACCGACAACGAUGCUUCCGUCAAGGACGACGGCGUCUCCGUGGGGCCCGCCGUGGGGUCCUCAAUGGGCCCCAGAGCUCCCGCAAGGCUCUGGGCCCUCCCGGCCAGGCCCGAUUUCGGUCAAAUUUAG